AUGGCCAUGCAUCCGCUUGCCAUCGCGGCUGCCUUUGCCACACUGGCCCUUGUUGCCGGCUCGGCCUUUGCCUUUACCAAGGUCGCCAAAGCUCAUGUCCCGCCACUCUCGCUCACCGCCUUGCGCUUGGUCAUCGGUGCCGCUGCGCUCGGCGUCACCUCGCCGGUGCUGCAUCGACUUGGGCGGAGGCGGCAUGAGGCUCUGGACGUGCUCGCUGCCGAUGAGCGCAAGCUUCCACUGUCGGGGCUUGCUCUCGCCCGGACUGCCACCGCUAUGGCGCUACUCAACAAUGUCAUCCCGUACACCCUCUAUCCCAUCGCCAUGAAUCUCGGGAUCAACAUCGGCGUCGUAGCCGUCCUCGCUGCCACCUCGCCGCUCAUCGCCGCCGCGCUCGUCGCGCUCGCUCGCCGUCCACCCACGCUUGGCCGUGCGCUGUGGCCGGCACUCGCGCUUGGCCUCGCUGGCGUUGCCCUGCUCUAUGCCGAGGCGCUCGCCGGCAAGUCGGGCAAGCACGCCACGGCUCGCCCGGUCUCGGACACGCUGUUGGGAUACAGCCUCGUCCUCGUCGCCGCGGCAUGCAAAGGCGCAGCCGCCGUCGUAGCCGAAGCCGUCCUUGGGCCGCGCCUCUCAUACGUGCGGCUGGCCCUGGCACAGACCGCUGCUGGCGCGGUUGUCGCGGUCAUUGCUGCCGCCGCUGUCGACACAUGGCAUCCGCUCUCGCUCAGCCACCAUUACCCAGCGCGUAUGGCGUGGCUGGCGUCGAUGGACGGCUCGGCGUGGGGCGGCGUGGUUUACCUCGGGCUUGGCGGAUCGUGUCUUGCCUACCUCCUCCAGUUUGUGCUUGUCCGCGAGCUCGGCGCCGUCCGGCAGGUCGGCGUCGACUUUGCCGUCCCGGUCGUCGCCGCCAUCGAGGGAGCGCUCUUCUUCCACGAGUGGGCCGGCCAGGGCGUGGCACUCCUCUGGCCUGCCGCCGGCAUGGCUACCAUCCUUGCUGCCCUCGCUCUCAUGCACGCCACACAUCGCACGCCGCCGCCAGACUCGGCGCCGUCUGAGCGGGCACCGCUCAUCCAGGGCGCAUGA